ACAGUCAGACGUGCCAGUGAGGUGCUGCAGGCCCACCUCGUUCCAUCCUGGGCAACAUUUAAUAACAAGUUCCCUUUCAUCAACGCUUCAGAAAGGUAGAACGAACCACAUUGCCGAGCAGAAGGAGGCCAGAACGUCGAGAGUCAACUUCAAGAUCUACCGAAACCUCCAGAUUUUUGAUAUAGAAGGUGCGUCAGUGUGAGUCAAGAUAGGAAAUCAGGACACAUACUCGAGCCUACUCCUGGCCCCCUGGAGAAUGGCAAGUUACUACGACAUUCUUGGAGUGCAUUCGAGUGCCUCCCAAGAAGAGAUAAAGAAGGCCUACCGCAAGCAGGCCUUGAAGUGGCAUCCGGAUAAGAACCCUAAUAACAAAGAAGAGGCAGAAAAGAAAUUUAAGCAGAUAUCUGAAGCAUACGAGGUACUUUCCGAUGUUAAGAAGAGAUCUGUGUACGAUGGGGAUGGCAAUGACGACUGGCAUGCUGGAGGAGGGGCCGGGGGAAAUUUCUACAACUCUUUCGGAUCCGGAUAUACUUUUCGGAACCCACAGGAUAUUUUUCAGGAGUUUUUCGAUGGACUCGAUCCAUUUUCCUUUGACUUUUGGGACAACCCCUUCAGUACUGAUAGAGAUCGUGAUGGUAAUCGAAGCAGAACCAUGAGGGAAGCUUUCUCGGCCGGCUUCGGAGAGUUUCCCACCUUCAUGGAAGCCUUUACUUCUUUUGAUUCUCUGGGCCACGGUGGACGAACUACCUUCUCUUCAACAUCAUUUGGGGGUUCUAGUUCUGAUGGCUGUGGCUUUAAAUCAGUAAUGACAUCGACUGAAAUGAUCAAUGGCCGGAAGAUCACGACCAAGAGAACUGUUGAGAAUGGGCAGGACAGGAUCGAAGUGGAUGAGGAUGGCCAGUUGAAAUCAGUGAUCGUGAAUGGAAAGGAACAGCUAAGGCCCAUGGAUAACAAGUAACUUCCUGACCAUCCAUCCCUGCAACCAGCUGUGGCUAGAAAUUAGCAAUGAGACUCAUGUCUUUCCUUAGUGGGCCUGACCUAUUAAACACCACAAGUUCAUGACAACA